UUGCGCUGGAGUAUUAUAGGAUUAUCCGAGGUCCGAAGAGAGGAGGACACGGUGAUUCUCGAAUCCGGCAACUUGUUCUAUCACCGGGAGGGCGACCAUCUGUCCCAAGGAGGUGUCGGAUUUAUCGUCCACAAGUCUCUCGUCAACAACGUUGUACAGAUUGAGAGUGUGUCGACGAGGGUCGCGUACCUGAUACUCAGAAUCACCAAACGGUAUUCGCUGAAGGUCAUACAGGUUUACGCACCAACGUCGGCACAUUCCGAUGAGGAGGUGGAGGAAAUGUAUGAGGAUAUUUCCAAAGCCAUACAUUCCUCCAAAACCCACUACACGGUGUUGAUGGGAGACUUCAACGCAAAACUAGGCACAAGAGAAAGCGGUGAGCUGAAGUUAGGGAAAUUUGGAGUAGGGCAACGGAACCGAAGGGGCCAGCAGCUGGCCGACUUUAUGGAGAAAGAGGGACUCUUUAUGAUGAACUCUUUCUUCCAGAAGCGGCCCCACAGGAAGUGGACCUGGUCGAGCCCCGACGGUUCGACAAAAAAUGAGAUUGACUUCAUUAUGACGACCAGACGCCAACUGUUCAGUGAUGUCUCAGUGAUCGCAAGGGUGAAAACUGGCAGCGAUCACCGAAUGGUUAGAGGCACACUGAACCUAAACGUUAAGUUGGAGAGGUCUCGUCUAAUGAAGUCAACGCUCCGUCCCCCUCGUGCUCUGAUCCAAAAUCCCGAAAACUUUCAGCUCGAGUUACACAACCGCUUUCAGUGCCUACAAGAUUGCAAUGCAGUGGACGAUAUGAAUGACAAGCUCGUGGAAACUGUCCAUGCGGUCGGAGCUAAGUUCUGCAAGACCCGCCGCAGAAGAACACAAAAACUCUCCGAUCACACUCUUAAUCUCAUGGCUGUUAGACGGGAGAUGAGGCUGCAAUCGUCAACAGAUUUGACAGCAUACAGGCAACUGAACAGACAGAUCUCCAAAUGCAUGCGGCGAGACUUACGCAACUUUAAUACUGCUCGUAUUAAAGAAGCGAUCGAGCGGAACCAGGGCUCCAAAGUCUUUGCCAGAGAUCUGUCUGCCAGAAAGAGCCAACUGUCAAGGCUGAAGACUGAGUGUGGCAGCAUCGUUUCCGGGACACCUGAGAUUUUGAGUGAGAUUGAGAGGUUCUAUGGGCAGCUGUACACAUCAUCGUUGGAGCCACACGCAAGUGUGAGUAACGAUCCAAGAGAAAGUCUUAUCCGACACUAUUCCGAUGAUAUCCCGGACGUCAGUCUAAGCGAGAUUAGAAUGGCUCUCCAGCACCUUAAAAACGGCAGGGCCCCAGGCGAGGAUGGAAUUACAGCGGAGCUUCUGAAAGCGGGUGGAACACCGGUACUUGAAGUCCUUCAGAAGCUCUUCAAUUCCGUCCUCCAUGGUGGCACUACUCCAGAGGCGUGGAGCAGAAGUGCGGUGGUCUUGUUCUUUAAGAAAGGCGACAACGCUCUCUUGAAGAACUACAGACCGAUUUCCCUUCUGAGCCGCGUCUACGUGCUGUUUUCGAGAGUCAUUACGAAUCGUCUCGCACGCAGACUCGACGACUUCCAGCCUCCCGAACAAGCCGGUUUCCGAAAAGGCUUCAGUACCAUAGACCACAUACAUACCCUGCGGCAGAUUGUACAGAAGACUGAAGAGUACAAUUUGCCACUUUGCCUGGCGUAUGUGGACUAUGAGAAAGCCUUUGAUUCCGUCGAAAUUUGGGCGGUGCUGCAGUCCCUUCAGCGGUGCCAAGUUGACUGUCGGUAUAUCGAAGUGCUGAAGUGUUUGUACAGUAGGGCUACGAUGGCUAUCCGAGUACAGAACCAGAGCUCGAAACCUAUCCAACUGCAGAGAGGUGUAAGACAGGGUGACGUUAUAUCCCCGAAACUCUUCACCGCUGCUUUGGAAGACGUUUUCAAGCUACUGGACUGGAAAGGAUACGGUAUUAACAUCAAUGGCGAGUACAUCACUCACCUUCGAUUUGCCGACGAUAUAGUCCUUAUGGCAGAAUCGCUGGAGGACUUAAGCACUAUGCUCAAUGACCUCAUUAGUGCCUCCCAACGGAUAGGUCUUAAGAUGAACAUGGACAAAACAAAGAUUAUGUUUAAUGUCCAUGUCACACCUAUGCCGGUAGUUGUUGGGAGCACUAUGCUCGAAGUUGUUGACGAGUACGUUUACCUGGGACAAAUAUUCCGACUAGGUAAGUCCAACUUCGACCGAGAGGUCAAUCGACGGAUUCAACUCGGCUGGGCAGCGUUCGGGAAAUUACGACAUAUCUUCUCGUCAGGUAUACCUCAAUCUCUGAAAACUAAAGUGUACAACCAGUGCGUGUUGCCAGUGAUGACUUACGAAUCAGAGACGUGGUCCUUCACUGCUGGCCGUAUGAGGACGCUCAAGGUCGCUCAGCGAGCUAUGGAGAGGGCUAUGCUCGGAGUUUCUCUGCGUGAUAGACUCAGAAAUGAGGAUAUCCGCAGUAAAACCAGAUUGACUGACAUAGCCCAACGGAUUAGUAAGCUGAAGUGGCAAUGGGCCGGCCAUAUAGCUCGAAGAACCGAUAACCGAUGGGGAAGAAAGGUUCUCGAGUGGCAGCCUCGUACCGGUAGGCGUAGUGUAGGGCGACCCCCCACUAGAUGGAGUGACGACCUGUUUAUUUUAAUAUUCAUUAUAUGCAUUUGUCCAUUAAAAUCCGAUAGUGUUAGUUUACAAAAUGCUAGUGAUGAAGAUUUACUGCAAUUAAUUAAAGAAAAAGAGAAAGUUAUUGUUUUAUUUUCAAAAACAAACUGUCCAGUCUGUGAUAAAUUUGAGCAGCAUUUGGAAAGCUUAAGCGAAGACUUUAAAAAAGAAUUAAGUGCAUUUACAGUUAAGACUGAAAAUAGCCAUCUAGUUCGUCUGUACAGUCCUAGUAAAGAACCAGCUCUAGUAUUCUUUAGACAUGGUGUCCCUCUGUUAUAUAAUGGUGAACCUGAUGAAAAUGAAAUUUAUGGAUUCUUUGAAAAAAACCAAUCACCUGCUGUUAAGGAGCUCACAGACAAAAUAUUUGAGCAUAUGACGCAAGCAGCUACAGGGGCAACAACAGGAGAUUGGUUUGUCAUGUUUUAUGGUGCCUCAUGUGUGGAGUGCCAAAGAUUGCAUGCAGUUUGGGAGAGUGUUGGGGCAACACUACGAGGCCGUAUUAAUGUUGCUCGUGUAGACGCUAAUUUAGCAGGUUUAAAUACUGCCAAAAGAUUCAAAAUUACUAAACUACCUUCUUUUCUUUUCUUACGAUUGGGUAAAGUGUACAGGUAUGAUUUACCGAAGACCGAUGUUAAAUCAUUCGUGACAUUUGCGCAGGAUUGGUAUAAAAAUUCUAAAGCGGAAGUAGUGCCGCUUCAAGCCUCGCCCUUUGAUGAAGUAGUCGAUUGGUGUGUGCAAAUCAUUAAGUAUAGUAUUGCAUAUGGAUUGGAUAUGUUAGCCAAAUAUCCAUGGAUUUGGCAAAUUGGCCUGGGGGGAUUCAGCCUAGUUGCAAUCACAGCUUUGAUUGCAUUAGUUAAAGCUGGAAAAUCUAAGACGGCAAAAAAUAUCAAAAAGGAGAAAAAGAGUAAAUAG